GCAGCCACUCUCUGCUCGUCUGCUUGCUCCGCCCGGUCAAACCUCCGUAAGACCGAACCGAAGCCACCAUGGCAGAUAAUUUAAGUAACGUUUCUGCUGUAGAAAUCGACCCCGAAGGAGUGUUUAAAUACAUUCUGGUGCGGGUGAAAGCCAAAGGGGGUGCUGAUGAAUACAAAGACAUAGUUAGAGGCACUAAGAAUGCUGAAUUCCACAAUCACAUAUUUGAAAAAAUAAAACCUGAUUUGGAAAAGUUAGGACUGGAAUGCAACUGUCUUGGAGGUGGAAAGAUUGAACACAACAGCACAGAGAAGAAGAUCAGAGUAUUUGGCCUCUCCACAGGUUUCGGCAAGGCUGACCACUCUGUCGCUGUUGAGAAGCUGAAGGCUGUCUUCACGGACUACGAGAUCACCUGGUCUGAUGAUAAAAAGUAGAUCAGCUUCAUAUAGCAAGCCUGCCGAAGAAGGGUGUCAAAAGCUAAACACAGUUCUUUGCUCUUAGAUAAAAGUCAAACAUUUUGUCCAGGAUUCAUCUUAAGUAAUCUUUCUUUGUGUUGGGGGGGGGGGGGGGGGUUGUAUUUAUAAUUUUUAGUUUGUAUAGUACUCCUUUUGUUUUGCAGUUCUAAAUGCAGAGGUUUUGUAAAACGCAAAUAGGAGCACACAAUAUAAUGCAGUACAAUUGCCUUGUUUUUCUCAAUAAGUUGAUAGCAGAACGUUAAGAUUGUGUUUAUUUAGAAAUGAAGCACCCACUAAAUAAAAAUACAUUUAAUAAUUGCAUUUA